GGAUCGCAUUUUACAGCACUGAAUAAUUUACGUAGCACGCCGAUAUAAACCAUUAAAAUCAAAAAAGAGCCAAACAUCUUGUCAACUGUUUACCAACUGGACGCUUUAAACGACAACAACUGGUAACGCAACUGAGAACGUACAACAUCCGCUCUAAAACGGCAGCCGAUUUGCCAAACGCGACAAAUUCGUGUUGUGGACACACACAAACACACGCACACCCACAAACAAUAUCAACGACCACGCAAGAAGCAAAAGGAGCUGAAUUCUAAAACACUACAACAACAGCAGCAACAAAAAUUCGAUUUGGCAACUAGACAGCUACAACAAAAACAGCAAGAACAACAGCGGACAAAAACUGUGCAACGUGCACACCGCCAGCAAAAGUACAAUAAGAAUUUGAAGCAAACAGCGCCAAAGGCCAGGCAGCCGUUCAAAUAGCCCAGCAGCUAGCCUCAAAUCCAACAACAACUACAGCAACAACAAAGAUUGUGGCAACAACAGUCAAGAGGCAUAACAAUAACAAUAACUAUAACAGGGAACCAGACGUCCAGGGAGCUGCCACAGUCGAGACACAGCAUUAGCAUGGAGAAGGUCGCAAGCAAACAAUACGAAUCGAAAAUCUGGCCAGACCUUGUCGAUAGCGAUGACAGCGAUGUGGAGAACGAAAUAGAUGUUGACAAAUUGCCGCCACUGGAGGUGGGGCCCAACGAGAAUCGCCUGCAGCACACAUAUUGCCUGUGGUUCUCGCGCAAGGGCACACAGCGCGCGGCCACCGACUAUAGUAAAUCGCUGCAUGUAGUCGGGCGGUGUGCCAGUGUGCAGCAAUGGUGGUCACUCUACUCGCAUCUCAUAAGGCCAACGGCGCUGAAGCCCUAUCGGGAGCUGAGUCUUUUCAAACAGGGCAUCAAACCGAUGUGGGAGGAUCCGGCGAACAGUAAAGGCGGACAAUGGGUCAUACGUUUGCGAAAGAACAAAAUUGAGCGUGCCUGGGAGAAUGUCUGCAUGGCUAUGCUGGGUGAGCAAUUUCUUGUUGGCGACGAAAUAUGUGGCAUAGUGCUGCAAACUAAGUAUCCGAUGAAGACCAAGCUAAUGGGCGAUCCAACAACAAGUACAAUGCGAGCGGAUGAGAGACAUCGGUCACGUAGCGCCACCAGGUGCCAAGAUGCAGGAGGUAUGCAGAGGUAACACUAGUACCGGCUUGCGGCACCAGCACCAGCUUCACACAACGAGUGCCUGUUCACUAAUUAGCGCGUGCGAUGCGCAUAGCUGGGUAAAUUAAUGGGCCCACAGCCCAACCUCACACCAGCCCAAGCCCAAGCCCAAGCCUCGCUCAGCCCAGCCGCCUCAUCUCCAACACUGCCUGCAAUCAGCAUCGACUACACGCCUCCAGCUGGAAAAUUAAAUUUAACCAAGUUUAUUUUCUGAAAAUGGAAGCACAGCAGUUGGAAAAUGUUUGGCCAACAGACAGUCAGAGUCGCCUUAGUUGGCUAUUUAGAAAUGUGAGCAAGCAGAGGAAGCAGUACGGGUAAUUGACUUUUUUAGAAGGGGGCAAGUUGAGGAGCUGUCGCGGCGCCCCCCUCUAUAAAUAGGUCGCGCACGUGUUUCCCUGCAAGGUGCUGCACGGUGCUCUCAGGAACUAAUUAUUUGCCUGUUUCUCUAUCAUUUUGAUGUGAAUUUGUCACCAGCUAUUUGUUUAUUUAUUUCAUCAUUUUGCUACUUGUAAAUAGUCAUUAUAAUUAUUAUAUAAAUUCUGUGUAACAAUAACAACAAACACUAAAACAGCAGCAGCGCAGCAGCAGCAACAGCAACAAAAUUUUUGUUAACAAAUGAAAUUUAAUAAACAAUAAUCUUUAUUAUGAACAUUAGUAUUUGUGCAUUAACUACAUUUAUAAAAAACAUAAAACAUAGAGCAUACACAACAACAAAACAAA